AUGCCUGAGAAAAUUCGCAUCAACAGCCCGACUGUGCGAUACACUGAGCAGUAUAUUGAGUCUCAGUACUCCUACUACACCACCACCGUGUCCAAUGAUGGAGACACAUACACGGUGACUCCUCACACUACUGAGUUCAUGUUUCGCACAGAGAGAGCUGUGCCCAAGCUAGGGGUGAUGCUGGUGGGUUGGGGUGGCAACAAUGGCAGCACCGUCACAGCUGCUGUUCUGGCCAAUAAGCUCGGCCUCACAUGGAAAACUAAGAGUGGCAUCAAGAGUGCCAAUUACUAUGGCUCCUUGCUGGAGGCUUCUACUGUGUCUUUGGGGUCAGGACCCAAGGGAGAGGUCUUUGUACCUUUUAGAGAUCUGCUGCCAAUGGUGCACCCUAAUGACAUCAUAUUUGAUGGUUGGGAUAUCUCCUCAAUGGAUCUUGGACGUGCUAUGGAACGUGCUCAGGUUCUGGACUGGAGCCUUCAGGAGAUGCUUCGUCCACACAUGAGCAAGCUCAAACCAAGACCCUCCAUUUACAUCCCAGAGUUCAUUGCUGCUAACCAGGAGCAUAGAGCUGAUAAUGUGCUCACAGGCACCAAGGCAGAGCAGGUGGAACAGAUCCGCAGAGAUAUCCGUGACUUCAAGGAGAAGAGUGGCGUGGAAAAAGUGAUUGUGCUGUGGACAGCAAACACAGAAAGAUUCUGUGAUGUCGUGCCUGGUGUCAAUGAUACUGCCGAGAACCUUCUCAACACCAUCCAGACUGGAGGGGAGGUAUCUCCAUCCACACUCUUUGCAGUGGCUAGUAUUCAGGAAGGCUGUGCCUACAUCAACGGCUCCCCUCAGAACACUUUUGUGCCAGGGGCAGUGGAACUGGCUAUUCAGCAAGGGGUUUUCAUAGGCGGAGAUGACUUCAAAUCAGGCCAGACGAAACUGAAGUCCGUUCUGGUGGAUUUCCUAGUCAGUGCAGGCAUCAAGCCGACCUCCAUUGUGAGCUACAAUCAUCUGGGGAAUAAUGAUGGCAUGAACCUUUCUGCACCACAGCAGUUCCGCUCUAAGGAGAUUUCCAAGAGCAAUGUGGUGGACGACAUGGUGCAAUCUAAUCCUGUGCUCUACAAGGCUGGGGAGAAACCUGACCAUUGUGUGGUGAUUAAGUAUGUUCCCUAUGUGGGAGACAGUAAAAGGGCGAUGGAUGAGUAUACUUCAGAGAUAAUGAUGGGUGGCACCAACACCAUUGCCCUGCACAACACCUGUGAGGACUCCCUGUUGGCCAGCCCUAUCAUCCUGGACCUGGUCAUCUUGACUGAGCUGUGUCAGAGAAUUACGUUUUGCACACAAGAGGACACAGCCUUCCAGUCCUUCCACAGCAUCCUGUCCUUCCUUAGCUUCCUCUGCAAGGCCCCACUCGUACCACCAGGGGCACCAGUGGUCAACGCCUUCUUCCGCCAGCGAGCCUGCAUCGAAAAUGUCAUGAGGGCGUGCCUUGGACUCCCACCUCAGAACCAUAUGCAGCUAGAGCACAAAAUGAAGAACAGCUACAUGCAUCGCCUUGACAACCCAAUCUACAAUGACUUACUCGCAAAGAAUGCCAGACUUACCAAUGGUUACCACUGUGUUCCAAGUAACGGAGUCAGUGUGAAUGAAAAUAAUCCAAAGAUAAAAACUAUUGCAUGAUCCUUAUGUUUAUAGAUCAUGACUUCUAGUGGUCAUACUUUAAUUCAGUAUUUUCUUUUUACUUUGAUGUGGUGACUUAGGGUAUUGUUUGAGCCAUUAGUUUAAGGAUGGGAAUGUUGGACUGAGAGCUGUCAGUCACACUUGUUCAACAAAAUAUUAGGCCACACCCAGACAGCCCCCACAUAGAUCUGAAGUUGUCAAAUUUUUAAGUUGUUGUAUUAUAUUUCUUCCAUGUCACUUUUUUUAAAUUUCAACUUUGCAGGACUUAACACUCAAUUUUAUUAUCAUACAGAUAUUUUUAAUAUGCCUCUUUGGACUUUAAGCACAAAGCUAAAGUCAUCCAAUUGGAGCGCUCCUGAAUAGCAGAGGUUGAUGUUUAUUCUUGGUGUUUCUGUCAAGCAGCCAGUGUCAAUUGUAACACUAAACAAUUAAAAAUGCUUUAGAUAGCAGUCACAAAUCAAAGGCAUACCUUGGAGUGGAGCCAGCAUAGCACAAGAUAAUGUGACAUUCUAGUGGUCAUACUUCAAUUUAGUAUUUUUUUUUUUAAUUUGAUGUGGUGACUUGGGGUAUUGUUUGAGCCAUUAGUUUAAGAUGGCAUGCACUUGAUAAGAACUUGACUAAUGUUGAUAAGAACUUGACUAAAGAACCAAUGCUCAGUGUAAGAAAGAUUUGUUUACUGUAUUAUAAUGUUCAUAAAAUGUUUUCAUUGUUAGUGUUUUGUUUCUUAAGAAUUUGUUGCAAGUUAGAAUGUAAUUUUUAAAAAGGUGUUUUAGUUUUAGGUUUUAAAUAAGUAAAAAUGAGUUAAAUGAGUGAAAUAGGCAACUCUUAAAAAUUGUCAUAAGGGCUAUUUGGAAAUCAUCCAUGAUACUAUUUUUAUUCCUGUGUUGGUACAUUUUUAUGUCUCUGUCUUUAUUACUUUGUACCCCAUUUGACUCUUGGUAUUUCAAGGGACUUCACUGUAUGAAAAAAUUAAAUAAA